GCGUCCACGAGUCGAGCAACUCCGACAUGGAGGCCGAGGGUGACUGGCGUUAAAGGUUUUUCGCAGAGAAUUAGAGCGAUAGGACUGCAAUAGCUUCGACUUCGGCGAGGAAGCCAAUCCUAUAGAAAAAAAAAACCCUCCGUAAAGGCGGAUCUGGUUACCUGUAACUAGGUUCUUUUGCGGCGGGACAGUGGGUGCAGUGUCCUGGUGCUCACCAUGGCAACGGACAUGGGCUCGCCACCGCGCUUCUUCCAUAUGCCACGCUUUCAGCACCAGGCUCCUCGGCAGCUCUUCUACAAGAGGCCCGACUUUGCGCAGCAGCAGGCCAUGCAGCAGCUCACCUUUGAUGGCAAACGCAUGCGCAAGGCUGUCAAUCGCAAGACCAUCGACUACAACCCCUCCGUCAUCCGCUACCUGGAGAACCGCCUUUGGCAGCGAGAUCAUCGGGAUUUCCGAGCCAUCCAGCCAGAUUCAGGAUGUUACAACGAUCUUGUGCCACCCGUGGGCAUGCUGAACAACCCUAUGAACGCGGUCACUACAAAGUUUGUCAGAACUUCGACCAAUAAAGUCAAGUGUCCAGUAUUUGUUGUGCGGUGGACUCCGGAAGGCAGACGUCUGGUCACUGGGGCCUCCAGUGGAGAGUUCACCCUCUGGAAUGGGCUCACCUUCAACUUUGAAACCAUCCUUCAGGCUCAUGACAGCCCUGUGCGGGCUAUGACCUGGUCCCACAAUGACAUGUGGAUGCUCACAGCCGACCACGGAGGCUACGUGAAGUACUGGCAGUCCAACAUGAACAACGUCAAGAUGUUCCAGGCCCACAAGGAGGCGAUUAGAGAGGCCAGUUUCUCCCCCACGGAUAAUAAAUUUGCAACUUGCUCCGACGAUGGAACUGUUCGCAUCUGGGACUUUCUGCGCUGUCAUGAGGAGAGGAUCCUGAGAGGCCAUGGUGCAGAUGUGAAGUGUGUGGACUGGCACCCGACCAAGGGCCUGGUGGUGUCCGGCAGCAAGGAUAGUCAGCAGCCAAUCAAAUUCUGGGACCCAAAAACGGGACAGAGUCUGGCCACAUUACAUGCCCAUAAAAACACAGUGAUGGAGGUGAAGUGGAAUCUGAAUGGCAACUGGCUGCUAACGGCAUCUCGCGACCACCUGUGCAAGCUGUUCGACAUCCGUAACCUCAAAGAAGAGCUGCAGGUCUUCAGGGGCCACAAAAAGGAAGCCACAGCUGUGGCUUGGCACCCUGUUCAUGAGGGCCUGUUUGCCAGUGGAGGCUCCGAUGGAUCCCUGCUCUUCUGGAAUGCUGGGGUGGAGAAGGAGGUGGGGGGCAUGGAGAUGGCCCACGAAGGGAUGAUCUGGAGCUUGGCCUGGCACCCUCUUGGACACAUCCUGUGUUCCGGCUCCAAUGAUCACACCAGUAAGUUCUGGACCAGGAAUCGCCCUGGAGACAAGAUGCGAGACCGCUACAACCUAAACCUGCUGCCAGGAAUGUCGGAGGAUGGCGUGGAGUACGAUGACAUGGAGCCCAACAGCUUGGCUGCCAUCCCUGGUAUGGGCAUCCCUGAGCAGCUUAAGGCAGCAUUGGAGCAGGAGCAGAGCGGGAAAGAAGCAUCAACAGAUGUAGAAAUGACCAUUCCUGGACUUGACUGGGGGAUGGAGGAGGUUAUGCAGAAAGACCAGAAAAAGGUUCCGCAGAAGAAGGUCCCAUACGCCAAACCGAUACCAGCCCAGUUUCAGCAGGCAUGGGCUGAGAAUAAGGUGCCUGCACUGCCCCCUGGGGAGAUGCCCAAGGAGAGGAAGGACGAAAAGAAGGUGGACGGAAAGAAGAAAACGCAGGCAGAGAUUGAGCAGGAGAUGGCAGCGCUGCAGUACACAAACCCUCUUCUUCUGGAGCAACUCAAGAUUGAACGCCUUGCUCAGAAACAGUCGGAUCAGACUGCACUACCUCCUGGACAGCAGGGGGCGCUGCAGCCCUUCCCUGGACAGGGGUCCAUGGUGCCACCCACUCAAGGAUUCCCGCAGUCUCUUCCACCUCAGCCGAUGCCCCACAGCAUGCCCCACAACAUGCCCCCCAUGGGUCCCGGGGGUCUCCAAGGUUCCUUUUUGCCUCAGGGCCAGAUGGGCCCUGCAGGGCCCCAACUUCACCAGGGACCUCCUCAGGGUUUCAUGGGGCCCCCAGACAUGCAUGGACCCCAAAACCUGCAGAGGCAUCCUGGGCCCCUCAGGCACAUGGGGCCUCAAGGGCCACAUGGAAUUCCACCUGGAUCCAGAGGAAUGACUGGGGCCCCUCAAGGAGGGAUACAGGGGCCUUCUGGGCCUCAGAGCAACAUGAUGCCCCCUCCGCCUCGAGGAAUGGGGCCUAGAGACAGCCAGGGCCCUGGGCCACAAGGCAUGAUACCCCAGGACAUGCGAGGUCCCCUGCCCCAGGGCAACAUGAUGAGCCACCAGGCUUUAACCAUGCAUGGCCCACAAGGUCAGCAGAACCCCCCACGAACGCAUGGAAACAUGCAGGGUCCCCCCGGAAGCAUGCAGGGGCAUCCUGCUAACAUGCACGGUCCCCCAGGAAACAUGCAGGGUCACCCAGGCAACGUUCACGCCCCCCCAGGCACCAUGCAGGGACACUCGCCGUUUAUACAGCAGGGAAAGUCCCCGCUGCUAGGUGAUGGAUCCAGAGGACAGUUCAACCAGGUGGGACAGAGCCCAGGAUCUCAAGCUAUGAUGUCGGGGAUGGUACCACAGGGACCCAGUGGAAAAGGAGACACUCGUGCCCUCCCCAACCACCACCUGGGUCCGCACCCUGAUCGCCGGGGGUCCGAAGGGGCAGGAGGGCCAGACCAGGUAUCAGACCGGGCCGCGCUGUAUUGGGGAGAGUCCCGUGACGGGCGCCGGGGACCCGCUGAGUACGAAGGGACGGACGAACGUUUCCACCUGAGGGGGGAGGACGGUUGGAGGCCGCAGCGGGGUCCCGCACAAGAUUACCCUGGGGAUGCCAGGGCUGCCAGGGGAGGAGCUGCGGGGAAAUGGGAGUCUCACCGUGGGCCUGAUGAACGAUACCCGCGGGAUACGGAAGAGGCCCGUUUCCGUGGACGCAGAGAGGAGAGGUUUGACAGUUACGAGGGUCCCGGGGAUGACUUUGACCAACGGCAGCGGGAGCUGAGACGACCUGGACACACCCCCCGGCACAGCCAGGACCCAGAGGACCCGUUCCGCAGGGGGGGACCCAUGAGGCAGGAGAGCCGGGGCGGGGCCCGGGGGGCCCGAGGGUUUCCUGACGACUUUGGAGUGGAGGAGCCCAUGGAGGAGCCAUGCCGCAGCUGGGACAGCGCAGCCAGAGGGCGGAGCCGCACAGCUCCACCCCGUGGAGGUGGGCGAAAAGGACUGCUGCCGACACCAGAAGAGUUCCCCCCACACUACGAUGGAGGACGGAACCUGGACAGCUGGGAGGGGGGUCGCGAUCCAGGGCAUGAGGUCUACAGGGACGGACAGCGGUCGGAACAUUGUCCCCGGGACAGCCCGUCAGGGCCUGGCAGGGAGCGCUCGUCCUCUCUGCAGGGAAUGGACAUGGCCUCGCUGCCUCCCCGUAAGCGGCCGUGGCAUGACGGGCCAGGCACUGCAGACCCUCGCGACAGUGAUGGCUCUGGAUCCAUGGGGGAGGACAGAGGCCGCCCCUCACAGAGGGAUCCUCAUCGAGAUGAAGGUGGAUACGGAGUGUCAUCUCGAGGAGGCCGGGGGGGGUGGGGCCGGGGUGGAGCAGCUGGAGGUGGAGCAGCAGGAGGGAGCUCAGGGCCUACGACACGACGAGGCGCCAACCGUGGGAUGUCCCGAGGCGGCCGCUCGCGAUAGGAAUGCUUCUGUUGGACUCUUGACAGCCACGAGCUCUGUGGAGGGCUGGGACCAAACACACACCUCCUUCCGAAUGUCAUCUGGGCUUGCAGGCAUAUACGUGUGUGCGUGCGCACGCACGCGUGCAUAUGUGUAUUCUCACAUCUGCGCGGGUGUCUGUACCUCUCCCCCUGUAGAUUUGAGACUGUCUGUGGGUUCUGGCUGUCUUAACUAGACACCUGCAGGUGGUGCUGUUCCCUGCUGAACAGAGUCCGGGAGAAGGUCGUGUGGAUCUUGAAAUGGAACUGGAGUUGGGUCUCCUGCCCUCCUCCAUGUGCUCCACAGAGACCCACUGGGACACCGGUCCCCCUCACUCACACAUUAUAUGCAUGCAUGCGCGCACACACACACACACACACACACACACACACGCGCAAAAAAACCCCACCACCACUAAACUUAGUAAUUCUUUCCUGAAAUUUUUAAUAUAAAGCAGAGGAAGUUGUAUUCUGUCGUAGCCACGCCCCUUUGCGUGGGGACGCAGCCUUUGUUUGUAAAUGUACAGUUUGUCAGCAGAUUGUCAUAUUGUUUUGUCCUUUUUGUAUGACUGCAAUAGAUUUUGUGCAAAAUUUGA